AUGCCGGAACACGAGUUUCGUCCCUUGGCGGCAAGACUUUGUGGUGGUGAUAACCAUCCUCGGCCAAAGCCUACCACCGAAACCAGGUUCCGGUCUUUGGAGUUCUUGGAUGAUUCCAAUCCGGGAACGUUGAAGACUCGGAAACUGGAAAAGCUGGGUUAUUCGCACGUUGUCGCCACUGUGGCGUCGUGCUCAUUUUGUUCAGACAACCACAAAUUGUGCAACUGCAAGAAAUUUGCAAAGGAGGAUAUAGACGCGAGACGUGAAUUUGUCCAAACUCACCGUUUAUGUUUUAAUUGCUUGUCCCCCGGUCACUCAGUUUAUCAGUGUAGAUUGUCUACCAAAUGCCGAAUUUGUAAGAAAAAGCACCACACAUUGCUUCAUCCCAAAGGUUUCAAACCAACCAACGACCAAGGUAAGUCAGACCAACCUAGUCAGUCGGUAGAGGAUAGGGUAGUUGUUGCUACCACAACUGAAAUCCCUUCGUCCACGACACCUGAUGAAAAUUCAAACCAUCAAGUGUUCACAACUUGUUUUUCAAAUCAUAGCAGUCAGGUACUCUUAGCUACCGCUCUAGUCCGGGUGGAGUCCCAGAAAAACAAGACCAGUUUUGUGUUAAGAGCAUUGCUAGACCAGGGCUCGCAAGCCUCAUUCGUGACAGAGGCUGCAGUCCAGUUACUGAACCUCAGAAAGGUACCUGGGGCCAGUAUUGUUUCAGGUUUGGGCGGCGACCAGGGUGCGACGAUAGCUUCAAAGUCCACCGUGUUGAUUAAGAUUCAGUCUCGCCUUGACCCCAGCUUUAACAUCACAGUUAAAGCUCAUGUGCUCAGCAAGCUCACCACUGUACUACCAAGUAGAAAGAUAGUUAUAGACGUGUUACCAAAACUCCAGUCUACGGAGCUAGCAGACCCUUCGUUCGGUACGCCGAACAAGGUCGACUUGUUAUUAGGUGCCGAAGUGUAUAGUCAGAUUUUGUUAGUAGGGUUGAUCAGGAGUCCGUCAAGCUCUGUAAUUGCACAAAAAACCAAGCUUGGUUGGAUUCUUUCUGGCAGACUAUACGAAUCACCUGUAAAUGACAGUCACAUUAACACUUUUCACAAUGCUGUGACCAGCAUGCAUUUAGCUCAAUCUGAGGAUAGCGAGCUACUAAAAAGAUUUUGGGAAAUCGAGUCAGAGCCUAUCUCCAGCAAAGUCAAACAUUUGACUCCUGAAGAAAAGCGAUGCGAAGAUCUCUUCGCUCACACUACCACUAGAGAUGACUCUGGCCGAUAUGUAGUCCGGUUACCAUUUAUUAGAGACGACCCUCUCUGCAUACAUGGUGGCUCUAGAGACAUUGCGAUGAAGCGAUUUCUCCAGUUGGAAAAACGCCUUUCAAAGGAUCCGGUGCUUCAAACGGAGUACUCAAGAGUCAUAGACGAAUAUCUUCGUCUAGGGCACAUGGAAGUAGUUCCUUUGUCUGAAAUAGACAAACCAGAGGUUAUGUAUUUGCCUCACCAUGCAGUAGUACGUCCAGAUAAAGACACCACCAAAGUUCGUGUGGUAUUCGACGCGUCAUGUGUAGGUACAAACGGUGUGUCGCUAAACCAAGAGCUGAUGGUCGGUCCAUCUCUUCAGCCUGAUCUUAGGCAUUUAGUCAUGCGGUGGCGCAGUUACCCUAUUUCACUUGUCUCAGACAUUGUCAAAAUGUAUAGACAAGUGAAAGUGGCGGAGGAGGACGUGGACUACCAACGAAUCCUAUGGCGAGAAAAUCCGGAUGCUGAUUUACAGCAUCUUCGACUUAUGAGAGUCACGUUCGGAACUUCUUCAGCGCCAUACUUAGCUGUACGUGCAUUGCAGCAAGUGGCCCACGACGAAGGUGCGCAGUUUCCACUGGCUGCACCCAGAGUCAUUCAUGAUUUUUACAUGGACGACCUCAUGACAGGUUGCCAUUCAAUUGAAGAAGGUCUUCAAAUUUACGAGCAAAUCACUGAAAUGCUCAGUCGUGGCGGCUUUCCGCUUCAAAAGUGGUCUAGCAAUAGUACUGAAUUGCUAGAGCUAAUCAAAGACGAAAGUAAGGAUACAGAACAGAACAUAGAACUGAAGACUGAUGAAACCAUAAAAAUACUUGGUCUCAUAUGGGAUCGUAAGGCAGAUGAAUUCCGCUGCACCGUGAAGCUUCCCCCAGUGGGAGAUACUGUAACAAAGCGACGAGUGAUAUCAGAUAUAGCUCGGUUGUUUGACCCUUUGGGGUGGAUGGCUCCAGUUAUUACAACAGCGAAGGUUUUCAUUCAACGCUUAUGGCUGUCGGGUAUUGAAUGGGAUAGUGAGCUGCCAGCUCCAUUGCUCAAAGAUUGGCUAGUCUUCCGCUCUGACUUAGGAAAACUUGCUGAAGUGCGCAUACCGAGAUGGAUCAACGCAAAUAAAGAAGACAAAAGUCUGGAGCUUCACGGAUUUGCAGACGCUUCAAACGUCGCCUACGCGGCGGUCGUUUAUGCUCGCAUUACUGAUCAGAAUGAUGAUGUUCAUGUUCGCUUAAUCACGUCUAAGACGAGGGUUGCGCCUGUUAAACAGGUUUCAAUUCCCCGUCUCGAGUUGUGCGGUGCAACUCUAUUGGCUAAACUUCUGAUUGAGGUAGCAGAGAUUUUGAGUGUACCUAAGCCGCAACUACACGCUUGGACGGAUCCGUCUAUAGUUUUAGCGUGGCUCCGAAGCCACCCCAGCCGAUGGAAAACAUUUAUAGCGAAUAGGUGCUCAGAAAUAUUAACCAAUAUGGAAGGAAACCAAUGGUCACAUGUGGCGUCUAAGGAGAACCCUGCUGACUGCGCCUCACGGGGUCUUCACCCCGCAGAAUUGAUUCACCACGAGCUCUGGAACCGCGGACCGGAAUGGUUACACCUGAAAAACAUAAAGUACGAACAAGAAAAAGUCACUGAUACUAACCUAGAAGAAAGAAAAGUAAAGGAAAAAUGUUAUACGGUUACCUGUAACGUUGACGAUGACCUGUUAGCUCGUUUCUCGUCGUUGAAGAAACUGCUCCGGGUCACAGCGUUCUGUAGAAGAGUACUGCAGUGGAAGAAAUCUGAAAAGAAAAAACCUAGAAAAGGAUUAACAGUGGAAGAAUUGGAUAAAGCACUACUUACAUGUAUUAAACUGAGUCAGAGGAAAGGUUUUAAGGAAGAUAUAGAAAGUCUAGAAAGGACAGGAAAAAUAAAAAAAGGAAGCAAACUUACCUCACUGAAUCCAUUUUUGGAUUCCAAUCAAGUGCUGAGAGUAGGUGGAAGAUUGCAGAAUGCUCAACUCCAUGAGGAUAUGAAACAUCCUGCAAUUAUUCCACAGAAAUCGCAUUUCACGCAUCUCUUAGUAACCGAGGCUCACACCAAAACGUUACACGGUGGUCCUCAACUCAUGCUCAAUUACUUGAGAACCAAGUAUUGGGUGAUCGGAGCAAAAGCUACUGUCCGUCAGUUUGUGAGAAGAUGUGUGAGUUGCAUUCGCUACUCAAGUCAAACCAACCAUCCGAUGAUGGGUCAACUUCCCGAAUCGCGAGUUACUGCUCAUAAACCCUUCCGUAAAAGUGGUGUGGAUUAUGCAGGUCCGAUUAACAUUCGCACGACCAAGGGCCGCGGACAUCGCUCCACAAAAGGAUACAUAUGCCUUUUUGUCUGCAUGGCCACAAGAGCAAUACAUUUGGAAGCGGUCAGUGACAUGACUUCACAGGGCUUUUUAGCGGCGUUCAAACGCUUUGUAGCAAGAAGAGGUCAUGUCUCUGACCUUUGGAGUGACAAUGGAACUAACUUCGUUGGUGGAGCCAGAGAACUCCAAGAGCUACUCGACGUAGAGAAAUCUCACGUCGCAACAGAGAUAGCUGACUGGUUAGUUUCCAACGGUACAACUUGGCAUUUUAUCCCUCCCCGUGCUCCAAACUUUGGAGGACUGUGGGAAGCGGGUAUAAAGUCGACCAAACACCACCUAAAACGGGUUAUAGGAGAGAGUACACUCACCUUUGAGGAAAUCACCACGGUGUUGUCUCAGGUCGAGGCAUGCCUUAAUUCGAGGCCUAUAUCACAGCUCUCAACCAACCCUGAAGAUCCCUUCCCACUGACCCCAGGUCAUUUCCUGGUGGGGGAACCUUUGGUGUUAGCACCGGAUGCGAAUUAUGAGGAUUCCAACUUAAGCGGCUUGUCCAGAUGGAAUAUUACGCAAAAAAUGGUUCAGAAUUUCUGGCGUAGAUGGUCCCAGGAGUAUCUCACUCUAUUACAGCACAGGUAUAAAUGGGUUAACCAUGUUCCAGAGCCUGGGAUUGGAGACGUUGUCUUAGUGAAGGAGGAAGAUCUACCUCCAGCUAAGUGGCUGUUUGGAGUAAUGUUGCGGCUACUCAGCUGUGUGUUGCUCUAUCUGUCGCUUACAAGUGGACAGGUGGUCCCGUAUGGCCCCACUACAGCCCCGUUCGCCCCCAAUAUCCCCACAGCCAUAGCGCCCACCGUACCUCCUGUAAUCCCAGCAGCAGGGCCGUUCCCCUUCGGUCCCACACCACGACCAAUCGUACCCGGGUACAACGGAUAUAAUAAUGGAUAUUAUAAUCGAUUCAAUCCCGCCGCGGGACCAGCAAUCCCGAUCUUAACUUACUCGAAUGAUCACGUCGGGGAUGGAACUUACUCUUUCAGCUUCUCUACAGCGGACGGCAAACAAGCUCAGGAGAGCGGGUACUUGAAGGACGCGUACAUCGACAACGCCGGCGAGCCUCAGGGAACACAAGUGGUUCAAGGGAGCUACGCGUACGUUGCGCCCGACGGCACGCCCAUACAAGUGAGCUAUGUCGCUGAUGAAAAUGGUUUCCGUCCCUCUGGAGUGCACAUUCCCGCGGACGGGAAAGCCAUCCCCCCCGUAUUGCCGAUCGUAGAUGGGCGAAAAGACAAACUGCUAGACCCAUUCAAUCGAUUCGACCCUUACAACCGAUACGACCCGUAUUCGACUGCUUAUCGAAACCGUUUCUACAACAAUGGCGUUGUCAACCGGCUGAACGAUCCGCGGUAUCCUUACAACCCCGCCCGGUAUAACCCUCUGAACCCGCUUAACCCAUUGAAUCCAAUAAACCCUUUAAACCCGUACCGUCCCAUCCCGCCGGUCCCAUACGGUCCCAAUAAUACCGCCAAGGACGAAUCGAAGAAGCCUACUUGCAACUGCAGUUUAUCCAACAUGAAGUGCACUUUGGUAUUAUUGACCGUGGUGGGUGCGACCCUGGCCGACGUGAUCAGCAUCCAGCCAUACCAGUCCCACCAGCAGCAGCAAUACACUACCGAGCCCAUCCCCAUCAUCAGGCAGGAGCAGUCCAUCAACCCUGAUGGCUCUUAUAAAUGGAGCUAUGAAACUGGCAACGGCAUCGCGGCGGAGGAGCAGGGGUACGUGAAGAACCAAGGCGUCCCGGAACAGGAAACGCAGGUUGCCCAGGGACAGUACCAGUACACGGCGCCUGAUGGACAGGUUAUCCAUCUAUCAUACAUCGCAGACGAGAACGGCUUCCAGCCUCAGGGCGCCCAUCUCCCGACGUCUCCCCCCGUCCCUGAGGAAAUCCAGAAGGCCCUAGACUACCUCGCGUCCCUGCCACCUCAGGCGCCGGACACACGAGAUCUAUACCGACCCGUCCUAGCACACCUGUAAUUAUAACUAGAAUAUUAGACGUGAAAUAUAAAUGUCCUGCGCUCUCUUGUGAUAUUGUAGAAAAUAUUAUAAAAUAAAAUA